UCAUCUGUUUCUGUGGAUAAUUUGUCUGCUGUCAAUAGAUGUCAAUUUUUUAUUUUGGCUUUUUUAUCUUUACAGACCAGGGUUAGGACAGGUGAUGUACAAAUGCAAUUCUUCUCCUUGAUGAUUGUAUGUCUGUCAAUGCCUGGUGCUUUGGUGUGGCUAUUAUCUGUUUUCCUUUAUAAUAAUUCUGAUAGAUGUUUCGAACACCAGUAGUCAAAUCAAAUAAUCUUCAUGCCUAAUAGCUACACCAACAUCUUCCCAGCAGGGGUCACCAGUUACUACAGUGAAACAGUGAAGCUCCAGCCAUCUGACCCACCCCAGCCAGACUUGUCUCACUGUAUUGGAACUGCUGAUCAUAGCUGAAACUUCUUGGUCUCUAACUCACUGAAUAGAUUCAGUGAGCUAUUGGAGAAGUCCAAAACUUUCAUGGCUUAUGUAAGUUUGUUAAGGGAAUGACUUCAAUGGCUUUGUAGUAACAUGUUGUCAGGAGCUGUGUGUUGAGUGUGCAUGUAUUAGCCAUCAUUAAUUUCCCAAAGAUGGUGGCGUUGGACCAUUGAUUUACCAAUGUUUGCCUUGCUUAAUCACCUUAGGAACAUUUUGUUUCCAUCCUAUGAAGUGGUUAUAUAGACUCACACAGGGAACAAAGGAAGAAAGAGUAAAUGGUAAUUUUCCCAGAAGGACAUUAGGGCAAGCAGGAUUCUGUGGUGACUUUCAGAAUCAGAAUCAGCAUCAGGUUUAUUAUCACCGGCAUGUGAGGUGAAAUUUGUUAACUGAGCAACAGCAGUUCAAUGCAAUACAUAAUCCAGCAGAGAAAAAUAAUAAUAAUAAUAAUAAUAACCAACUAAAUCAAUUAUGUGUAUUGAAUAGAUUUUUAAAAGUGCAAAAACAGAAAUACUGUAUAUUAAAGAAAAAUUGAGGUAGUGUCCAAAGAUUCAACGUCCAUUUAGGAAUCGGAUGGCAGCAGGGAAGAAGCUAUUCCUGAAUCACUAAGUGUGUGCCUUCAGGCUUCUGUAUCUCCUCCCUGAUGGUAACAGUGAGAAAAGGGCAUGCCCUGGUGCUGGAGGUCCUUAAUAAUAGACGCUGCCUUUCUGAGACACCGCUGCCUAAAGAUGUCCUGGAUACUUUGUAGGCUAGUACCCAAGAUGGAGCUGACUAGAUUUACAACCUUCUGCAGCUUCUUUCGGUCCUGUGCAGUAGCCCCUCCAUACCAGACAGUGAUGCAGCCUGUCAGAAUGCAGCCACAGUACAACUAUAGAAGUUUUUGAGUGUAUUUGUUGACAUGCCUAAUCUCUUCAAACUCCUAAUAAAGUAUAACCACUGUCUUGCCUUCUUUAUAACUACAUCGAUAUGUUGGGACCAGGUUAGAUCCUCAGAGAUCUUGACACCUAGGAAGCUGCUCACUCUCUCCACUUCUGAUCCCUCUAUAAGGAUUGGUAUGUGUUCCUUCAUCUUACCCUUCCUGAAGACCACAAUCAGCUCUCUCAUCUUACUGACAUUGAGUGCCAGGUUGUUGCUGCAGCACCACUCCACUAGUUGGCAUAUCUCACUCCUGUACACCCUCUCAUCACCACCUGAGAUUCUAUCAACAAUAGUUGUAUCAUCAGCAAAUUUAUAGAUGGUAUUUCAGCUAUGCCUAGCCACACAGUCAUGUGUAUAUAGAGAGCAGAGCAGUGGGCUAAGCACACACCCCUGAGGUGCGCCAGUGUUGAUCAUUAGCAAGGAGGAUAUGUUAUCACCAGUCCAUAAAUUCUUGUGAGUAUGAUACUUUCCUAUAAAACCCUUUACUUCAUCUCAUAAUUCAGAGAGAGAUUAAAGUUGCCUUGUGUCAGAAUGAAAAUAGGUUCCCUUUAUUAUGUAACUCCAGAACUUUCACAGAAAACUUUUAACCAGCACCUUUCAUUUUAAGUUAUGCAGUUUGAAAUCUAAAUUCUGUGAUAAAUGCCAGUUUCAAUUCCAAUUAUUCAAAGGUUUGGUAAGCCAUUGCUUGUAACCCUUACAUUUAUUUUUAUAGUAGGACAGUAGGUACCUGGCGAUCUUGAUCCUGCUUUGGAUCCUGCCCUACAAUCGGAUUUACACAGGGGUAGAAUAAAGAUUCACCAGUCUUAUCUCUGAGAUGACAAGACAGUAGUAUGAGAUGACAGGACAAUGGUAUGAGAUGACAUUUAUUCACUGGAGUUGAGAUGAAUGAGAAGAGAUCUCAUUCAAUUGUACAAAAUUCUGAUAGGCCUUGACAGACUGGUCAUUUCCCUGGAUCUGGAUUCUAGUACUGGUGGUCAGCGUCUCAACAUACAGGGCAAGAUAUUUAGGACUGCGCUGAAAUUUACUCUCGGAGGAUGGUUCUCUACUGAAAGUCAUUGAAUAUGAUUAAGAAGAUGUAUAGAUUCGGUAGACAAACUACAUGGAAGAUUAGGGAAACGUAGCAAGAAUGUUGUAUUGGGAUAUUGGAUUAGUAAUGACCGUGUUGAACGGUGGAGGAGAUUUGCAGCAUUUUGCCAUUUGCCAUUUACGUUCUCUUAUUUUUCAAUAUUUUUAUGACCAGUUAUAUCUACAGAGGUGAGGCAAAAUACCCAAAAUAAGAGAUGCCCAAAACAUUAUCCAGAUAUAAAAAGGGACAUAAUUAAUGUUAAAAAAACAAAUCACUUUGAUGUAAAAUAAGGAAAAACAGCUGCGUUCCUUCGGUAGAACCUAGUCAAUACUAAUGUGUUUAAAGGUUCAAAGGGUCAUUUGGCAAGUUUGUUAUGUACAAUAACACGCCAGCGUUUGGAACGCUUCUGCCUCACUACCGCAAUGUGACACUGGGGCGCUUACUUGCAAACAAAUAGGGCUCCUGCCUGCAACCUCCCGAGGGAAAUUCUUCGAGUCGCUCUGCUGCCCGUGAUCCAUUCUCAGUUCAUCUUGCGCGGGAGGUUGCUGCAAUCUACCUUUCAGAAAAUAAUUCAGACGCAGUUGUCAUAAUUACACCGUCACGAGGGGAAAUUUGAAAAUAACAUCUCUUGCAGGUUGCUGAAGACGAGAGAUUAAGAGAGCGGCAGACGGGUAGGGACACUUGUGCCCUUUUAAGCUUCGGGCUGACUCACUCCACUUCCUGGUUGCGUCGGAGCCGGAGAACAACAUCUGGCGCUGGCGACACGGGAUGCGAGCACGGCAGCUGUAGCCUCCGCCGCCGGCUUCUCCGGGGUUCAGUCACCGUCUGAGGAAAGAGGCCCCCGAACGGCCCCCAUGGCCACCGUAACGUGCAGGGUACAGUUUCUGGAUGACGUGGACCCGUUCGUUUGCACCAACUUCCCCGAGCCCAGGAGACCACCGGUUUACAACCUGUACGAGAACGUCCCCCUCAUCGCACAAGUAGCAGGCGUCCACAGGCUGCUGAAUGCCCCGCUCAAGUUGGAAGAUUGUGCGCUGCAGAUAGGUCCAAAUGGAAAUUACUUGGAUCUGGAAUUGUCACUGGAUGAACAGAGAGAUGACCUUGAAGCAUUUUUUGAAGAAGUUGGCAAGGGGAGGCGUCCCACCCUCAUCCUCCGGACACAGCUAUCGAUACGGGUUCAUGCCAUUAUAGAAAAACUGUACAACUCAACCGGUCCUGAUUUAAGAAGAUCACUUUUCUCCUUGAAACAGCUAUUUCAGGAUGACAAAGAUCUGGUGCCUGAGUUUGUGAAUGCUGAAGGACUGACAUGCCUCAUCAAAGUGGGAGCCGAAGCUGACCAGAACUACCAGAACUACAUCUUAAGAGCUCUGAGCCAGAUAAUGCUGUUUGUGGAUGGAAUGAAUGGAGUUAUUAACCAUAAUGAGACUGUCCAAUGGCUGUACACGCUGACAGGGAGCAUGCACCGCUUGGUGGUGAAGACUGCUCUGAAACUCCUGUUGGUGUUUGUGGAAUAUACAGAGAGCAACGUGGCUCUUCUGAUCCAAGCUGUCAACAUUGUGGAUGAUAAAAGAUGCACCAAGAAAUGGACGAGCUUAGUUGAAAUUCUGGAAGAGAAGAAUGGGGCUGAUUCUGAGCUGCUUGUUUUCACUAUGACACUUAUUAACAAGACCCUAGGAGCUCUUCCAGACCAGGAUUCAUUCUACGAUGUUACUGAUUGUCUUGAGCAACAGGGAAUGGAAAACAUUAUCCAAAGGCACAUGAGUAAUAAAGGAACUGACCCAGACUUAAAGCAGCAGUUUACCAUUUAUGAGAAUGCACUGAAGCACGAGGAUGGUGAAGAUGAUGGGAACACUCCAAAUGCACGGCGGGAUAGAAGGAAGCUGACCGCUAAUGUCGAUGAUGGACGAAAAAACAGACGAUCUGCAGGACAAAAUAUGGCUGAGCUGUCACCAACCAGGCCAGCAGAGGCUACUCCUCACAAACUCGCCCCUGAAGGAGUGAGCCCCAGCAGUCACACAACACAUGACAUUAAGUCUUCAAAGGUGAUUUACAUCCAUCCAGAGCAACCUGACACCCAAACACAACCUACAAUAACUCCAACCGCACCUGUAAGCCCCGCAAGAGACCUAAACUCGCCAUCUGCAAACCAAGUGCUAACAUCAACAGAGGAACGCUGCUACGUCAGCCAUUAUGUAGCAACCUCUUUCAUCUUUCCAUCAAGACCUAGGGUUGUUAGUCAAGCAUCAGAUGAGAACUCCCCAAAUCCCACCAGGCCUGCUGUGCAAAAUGUGUCUUCUUCACUUAAUAAGUCAGAUCUGCUGAACGCAUCCUCAGAAAAGAAAACUAUGAAAAGUGGCCCUGGAGAAAGAAGUAUUUUCAAGGCUGAGAGGAUUCCUAUUAGGGACAUACCAGUUCUGAAAAAGUAUGAAAAUCGCUUUUUAGAAAAUCUUGCUGCAUCGCAAAAAGAGAGGGAUGCCAACAAGCCGUAUUCAGCUCAUGUGAUGUCUACCUCCACAGUCAGAACCCCUGAUGUCGAGGCACUAAGUGAAAAGGAACAGCAGAAUGAAGCGCUAAAUGAAAGAGAAACUUGUUCAGCCUCCAGCAGCUCUUCGACCAGCAGUACGUUGGAGAGGGAAGAGAGAGAAGACAGACAGGCGGGCAAUAAUGAGACAGCAGGUCGAUGCCUUAUCCGCCAGUCCAGCCUGGAGCAGUGCAGUGCUAUCUCCAAUGACAAGAAGUUUAUGCUGGACAUGUUGUAUGCCAAAACCAAGGCCAGCAGCUUGAAGGUAACCCAGGAGAAGGUCUCUACGGCAAGUGAGAAGAAACUUGCAGAGGAGGCUUUGGUGGAAUCCACAGCAAGUUUGAUGGAACGCUUUUCCAAGCAGGACAUCCAUCAGAAUGAGGAAAGUCAAAAGAAACCCAUCACUGAAGGCAUUACUGGGAGUGUAAAAGCCACUUUGGAGAAAUUUGCUGAACCUCAGAUCAAGGCUUUGAAGCAACAGUUUAGUAUUGAGGCUGAACUGAAUGAGAAAAAUGUAGAGAAAACCCCUAUAAUUAUGCCAUUGAAGAAGGACUCUGAAUACAUGUGGGAUCAGCUUGAAGCAAGUCCAAGAAAGCUGAAGAUCAAAGAUUUAGACUUUACGGACCUACGGGAUGAGGAGGAUGUAGACGUUUUGGAUGCAGACUCUGAUGUGGUUGAUAAACAAGCUGUUCCAUCGCUUGGUAGUUCAAUAAUCCCACCUCCCCCACUACCCCCUGCACCACCCGGGUGUCUGCCACCUCCGCCACCACCACCACCGCCACCGCCACCAUCUUUCGGACUAGUUCCUAGCCCCCCUAUCCCUCCUCCACCCCCACCUUCCAGUCUGUCACCACCUCAAGGAGCAGACUCUGCAUUUACAAAGAAGAGAAAAACUGUUAAGCUCUUCUGGAAGGAACUAAAGCAACCAGAAGGCCCUUUCAGGAGCUGUAAAUUUGGCCGGGGAACAGUCUGGUCUUCCUUAGAUAAAGUAACUGUGGACACUACUAAGUUAGAACACUUGUUUGAAUCUAAAGCAAAGGAACUUCCUACAAAGAAAGGAGGAGAUGCCAAGAAGCAAGGGUUAAUCAUACUAGAUCCAAAGAGGAGCAAUGCAAUUAACAUCGGCCUUACAGUGUUGCCUCCAGUACACAUCAUAAAAAAUGCUAUUCUCAACUUUGAUGAGUAUGCAAUCAACAAAGAGGGCAUUGAGAAAAUCCUGACUAUGGUUCCCACUGAAGAAGAGAAACAGAAGAUCCAAGAAGCUCAGUUGGCAAAUCCUGAUGUUCCCCUGGGUUCAGCUGAGCAGUUCCUUUUGACCUUGGCCUCCAUCACUGGGAUCAAGGCCAGGCUGCAGCUCUGGGCUUUUAAACUGGACUACGAGGCCAUGGAAAAGGAAAUAGCCGAGCCAUUGUUUGACUUGAAGCUUGGAAUGGAGCAGCUUGCAAAGAAUAAGACCUUUAAAUCACUUCUGGCAACUCUGCUUGCUAUUGGAAAUUUUCUGAAUAACUCUAGUGCCAAGGGAUUUGAACUGAGUUAUUUGGAGAAAGUAUCUGAAGUAAAGGAUACUAUCCAGAGGCAAUCGUUGUUGUAUCACACGUGUAACCUGGUAGUGGAGAACUUCCCAGACACAACAGAUGUGUAUUCAGAAAUUGCCGCGAUUGCAAGAUCUGCCAAGGUUGACUUUGACCAACUGGCAGAAAGUCUUGUUCAGCUGGAGAGGAAAUGCAAAGCUUCAUGGGAUCACUUGAAGGUUAUCGCGAAGCAUGAAACAAAGCCUGUAUUAAAAAAUAAGAUGACAGAAUUUCUAAAGGACAGCACAGAAAGGAUUAUAAUCCUCAAAGUGGUACAUCGUAGAAUUAUAAACAGAUUCCAUUCUUUUCUUUUGUACCUUGGUCAUCCUUCAAACACUGCUCGGGAGCUGAAGAUUACCAGGUUCUGUAAAAUAAUUAGUGAAUUUGCGCUGGAGUACCGGACCACCCGAGAAAGGGUGCUACAGCAGAAGCAGAAGCGAGCUGCUUACCGAGAGAGGAACAAGACACGGGGCAAAAUGAUCACAGAGACAGCGAAGUUCUCUACUGCGGCCGGUAGUACUGAGAGCACCCAAGCACCUGACUUGUCAGAUCCUCAGCCGCAGGAAGACGAAGCACAUGAAAACAUGAAAAAUCUUUUGACCACUCCCGAGCCACAAACCCGAAGGAGCAGAAGCAAUAAAUCUGUUGGACGAAUCAGCCCGCCAAAUCUUUCCACCCCUAAAGAUGAAGCAGCAAGUCCAGCUGAUGAUGCUACUGAUGAAAUCAUGGACCGCCUGGUAAAAUCUGUCACACAGAAUCCGAAUCAAAGGACAUCUACUCCCAAGGAACGCAAAAGAUCGAGAGCAAACAGGAAAUCCUUGCGAAGAACACUGAAGAGUGGCCUGACCCCUGAUGUAGUCCAAGCACUGGGUUUGUCUAAAGCAUCAGAAGUCGAAGUGUAAAACAACUUGAAUACAGAUGAGACAAAAUUUGGUGCCUUAGCAUUCAGACAUCUAAGCUAACUGUGCAAAAUAUACAGAAAUCAUGAUUGUAUUUCUUAGAUUUGUGACAAGCUCUGGAACUUUACAAAUACCCUUAAUUGUUAUGACGGACUUGGUCCUUAUCUUCACGCAUUGUUGGAUGGAAUCUUGUAUUGAAUAUAAGUCAUUUUCAUAGAGUUCACAAAAGUCAAUAAUCCUUCUCAUUCUAGGUAAUGGAUUUGAAGGGCAAAGCAGUCAUAAACGUCCUUUCUCCAUUUAGGCACCAGCCAAUAUUUUCUGCCUAAAUCAUAAGCAUUCAAAUAAAAACCUGCAUUCAUAUCCUUACCCAAAAAUCUUUAUCCAGUACUUUAUUGAAGGCAGUGAUCCUUGCUGGAGUACAAUCCUCUGGAUAUUGUUCAUUUUCCAGUAGCUUACAGGCAUGAACUUGAAUAGUUGUGAUGGAAAGCAAUUAGAAGCUGAAAAUCUUCCCAAUUCAGCUUGACCCUGUCCUCAGCGAAAGUGCACUUGUGCACUUUUAGAGGAAACUCAGCAGGAUGGACUCUUUGUGCAAGCACUAACCUGUCGAGAUAUUGAGAACCCACUCUUUCCACUGUUGGCAGUAAUUAAUAAACUGACUCCAGACCAUGGAUUGAACUUCCAGUUUUUUAUGGCUCACCCAAUGUGUUUUAUCCCCUUGAGCCAACAGGGUUUGCCACUAAACUUUAAGUACUAUAGAGAUGUAUUAACUUUGGGUUUAAUGUAACAAUUUUGUCUACAACCAUGUUUUAAUGUUGUAAACUUGCUGGUUUUUUAACCAUGUUAUAAAAAUAUUUUGAACUGACAGGGUGGAGAAUUGUAGUGAAUAAUAAUGAAUUACUACAUUGUAGUUAAAAAAAAAAGGAUAAAGUCUAUUUGUUUGUUAAGAUAACAAUAAAAGUGUAUUUGGAGGUGUCUUGAUGUAGCAUGAUAAAAAAAAAUCUGAUAUCAGAUAUGCACAGACCAGCACACUCUGUGUUAUCCAUAUUGUUGGAUAUAGAUUUGCACUUGGGAGUCACCUUUAUCUUUAUGGCAGUACUAAGAUCACACUUUAAAAACCACUAAUUGUGACAGCUCAAUAAAUACAGUGGAUUCUGGUUAAACAGGACACAUCAGGGCCAGUACAUUUUGGCCCAAUUAAGCAGCUUCCCCAUUAGCCAAAGCUUCAUGGAAAUAGUUAAAAGGCAUAACAAAGAUAAACUAGCAUUUAAAUGUGUAACAAAUUACGCAUUUAAAUAAAAUACAGAACAAAUUAGAGCACUACCCGUGCUACUACAGUAUUAUAAAACUAUGUAUUAGUUCUAACAGAAGGACUCAUUGCUGCCGUGUCCUUUUGUUGACUGUAAAUGAUCAAAAUUAGCGCAGUCAUCUGAUGCAAAUAAUGAAUUGCCUUCAUUGCUUUCCUGUGUAAAAGCAGUGUUGUGUCUAACAGCCACGCAAUUGCACACAGCUGAUACUAGUUAGAACCUGAUCGGUAUCAGUCUCCUGUCCCAAUUAAGCAGCAUUGUGUCCUAAAUAAACGAAGGGAAUCCCGGUUAUUUUAACAAUUUAGUUUUUAUUCUUUAAGAGUUGUCCAAAAUAAAUGGCUGCUUGGAUUAACCGAUGACCCAGUUAACCGGAAUCCAUUAUAUAUUAGUUGCAGAGUUAUUCUGACUGCAAUGUAUAAUGCUCCAAAUGCACCCUUCUUUGAGUGCUUUGCAAGCUGACUUAAACAAACAUGCAGAUUUAAACAAUGUAUUCACUGUUACAAAUGCGUAUCAUUCUACUUUUAUAUAUAAAGAAGUCAAUUGUUCUCUAGGAUUGUUCAAUGUAUUUUGAUAAACUUUAUUUUUAUUGUUUUUGAAUGUUUGUAUUAUUGCAGCAAUUAAAUA